GAAGAAUAAUUCUAUCACACUUAAUUUUCAAAAUCAGAAUGCUACUUCUUUUAGUGAAACUUGAUCCUGGCAGCUCAAAUUCCGAAGACAGUGGAGAUCCUCCUUCUACAAGACCCAUUGCGUCGUAUGAUGGUCUUGAAUGUCAAUAUCAAACAGCAAGCUAUAAAACAAAUUCUUUCAAGUUUAUGGAAAUCACCGUAAUGAAGUUUUUGAUUCUAAGGCUUUGGCUGAAGCUAGGAAGGUUCGAGACGAGGAUGCUUAAGUACAGGUCAUGGAAGCCUGAGGCAUCAACUCCCACUUCAAGUCUAGGCUCUGUCAAGAGGGCUGUAAAUUUCUUAACUGUGAAGGAUUAGGUGCAACUGACAGGAAGCCGAACACUUAAAUGUGAUUAUCAUAAAAUGCAAAACUGAUCAUUCAUGUGCAGGUGUGUUUUAUCUUUAAACCUUUGCAUUCAGUUGUUAUAAACUCGUAACAUGAUCAAAGAUUCAGACGCAUUGUCCAGUGUUACAGUUUCAACAGUGAAUUUUUUUUUUUUUUUUGCCACCACUAAUCCAGAACUCCAUAUCCAGGCCCGUGUGGCCUAGAUUAUAGAUAACUUGUAAGUUGAAAAAUGUACAUAGUUUAUAACUUAAAAGUGACUUGUGAGCCGAAACAAGUACCUUUCACCACCGAAAUUUUAGGUAUGUAUCUGAAUUCCAACAGAUAAUAUAUUCCACAGAAGACUAUGACUUGCAUGGACAAGUAGUAGUUGAAAUAGACAACUUGUUUUCCAUGAAGACCUGAGCUGGUUGACCCAGCUUAGGGCAGCAUUGUAAUCUACCAUUCAUAUGAUGACUUCCUCACCAUAGAAAAUUUCAGCUAUGAACCUUCUUAAAUUAAUAGUAAAUGUGCAGAAACGCAAUAUUAAUUAACUUCAACAUUAGAUAAGUUAAGACAAGGUAAACGCUCAAAUCAGUUGAUCGACUUAUAAGUUACUUAUAAGAUAACAUAAACAUAUUUCUCACAUAGAGACCAAACCAACAGUUGGAUUCACUUGGGGCUACAAUUUGGAUUAAUCCCUUUAUGUCCAAAAGUGCAUGCACCAAGUCUUUAAGUCCAAACAUAGAACCUGAGGUCUUCCACCAGCAACUUAUGUGCAAUAAAACAAGACAAUUAUGACACUGCAGCCUGCAGAUACUUCAGACAAGUUAUACUAUUGAUAUUUUAUAAUCUAGACUCAAGAGUCCUGCAUCAUCUAUUUUCUUCAAGAAAUGAGGAGGAUCCUCAUUUGCAGUAUUUUUGUUCUUGUGUUUACGAUCAUGCAAGGAGUUCGAUCUGAUCCCCAAGCAGAGGAGCUGCUUCGACAGUGCAGUAAUUUCAACACAACCAACGACUUGUCGGUGUUUUUAAGCAAUUUUAAUAAGACAUUUGGAGACAUGAGGAAACAGUUGUCAAACGCUCACUUUGCAACAGCUUAUUAUACUGAUGUAUUUGGAAUGAUACAGUGCAGGAACUAUCUAUCUAUUGCAGACUGUCUUGCUUGUUUUGAUGCUGGCCUCGCACAGAUCAGACGCGAUUGCCCUCAAGCGGAUGGUGCUCAUCUGAUCUACCAGGGAUGCUUCCUCAGGUAUGAAGCUCGCAACUUCUAUAAACAAAUAUCAUUUGAAGACUCUUCCGGGGUAUGUAUAAAUAACCGGACUGCUCCAAAAGCAACUGCUUUUCAACCAGCUGUUGAAGGGUUGUUAACAGAACUUGUGGCUGCCACACCAAAGAUCAAAACUUUCUUUGCAGCAGCAAAAAGGCAGGUUUUUGAUGGUGGCCCAACAGCAAUAGCAACAGUGUAUGUUGUGGCACAAUGUGUAGAAAAUAUUAGCCGGAGUGACUGUGAUACGUGCUUAUCAAGAGCGUAUAUCAAUGUGGAAACAUGUCCUCCUCAAGCAGGGGGGAGCUCGGUAGAUGCUGGCUGUUUCCUGAGAUAUUCUGAUACUCCUUUCUUUUCAGAUAACGAUGUUACUGAUAUCGCGAUUUACCUAGAAAGAGGUGGUUCAAACACGAAGACACCCCUGAUCGUGGGAUUGAUUGGUGGUCUAUGCCUUGUUCUGCUUAUGCUUGCUCUGCUUUUAUGGUAUCGAGUACUGAGAAAACCGAAUAAAGCUGAAAGAGGCAAUAUAUUAGGCGUAACCAAGUUGCAGGGAGCAAUGCUGUACAAUUACAAAGAUUUGAAAUCAGCAACAAAGAAUUUUAGUGUAGAAUACAAAGUCGGGGAAGGAGGUUUUGGAGACGUAUACAAGGGCAUUAUAGAGAACGGACACAUAGUUGCAGUAAAGAAACUUGCUGUAGUGACAAGCAAGGAAAAGGCGGAUUUUGAGAGCGAAGUUAGGCUUAUAAGUAAUGUUCAUCACAGAAAUAUUCUCCGUCUUCUAGGAUGCAGUGGAAAAGGGCCAGUGCAGCUUCUCGUGUAUGAAUACAUGGAAAACGGAAGCCUUGAUACAUUUUUAUAUGGUGAGAAACGCGGCACCCUCAGCUGGAAACAACGGAUUGACAUAAUCUUGGGUAUAGCCCGGGGUCUUGCUUAUCUACAUGAACAAUUUCAUGUUUGCAUCAUACACCGAGACAUGAAAUCUAGCAAUAUUCUACUUGAUGAUGGCUUUCAACCCAAAAUUGCAGAUUUCGGGUUGGCAAGACUUCUGCCAAAGGACCAAAGUCAUCUUACCACUAGAUAUGCAGGGACCUUGGGUUACACAGCACCAGAGUAUGCUAUUCACGGGCACUUGUCUGAGAAAGUUGAUACCUACGGAUUUGGAAUCGUUGUCCUUGAAAUAAUCAGUGGCCGAAGGUGCAGUGAUAUGAUGAAUGAGCUUCGCACUGAAUCUCUUCUCCCAUAUGCAUGGAAACUGUAUGAGAGUGGCAGACACUCCAAGUUGAUCGAUGAGACAAUAGACCCGAGUGAAUACGAUGUCGAAAAUGCUAAGAAGAUGAUAGAGAUUGGUCUCAAGUGCACUCAGUCACCAGUAUCCAUAAGGCCAGCAAUGUCUGAAGUUGUUGUUCUGCUCGUAAAUGAUGGAUCACUCGAACAGAAGCCUCCGAACAUGCCUAAAUUUGUCCAGAUUACUCACGGAGUCGACAAUGAUAGCUCCACAUCUACUGCACCAUCGUUCUCUAAGGCCACUGCUACUUUCACCAAAUUCACAGGGCGUUAACAGGUUCUUAUUGUAAGACAAAAAAUUGAAGUGUUCCUAGAUAUGCUUAUUAAUUUGGAACUUAGGACUUUAUAUUCAAAAGAGAAAUUCUCUAUGGUACACUCGUGUAAUUUGCUUUUCCUGUUGGUAUAACUACAUUUCUGACUUCUAUGCA